CAUGAGUAUCUAGGUGCGGUUCCGCCAGUCGUAGACAUGCCUCCAACGCAACAAGUCGGCAGUAGGCGGGGCCGACGCAUCGCUUGACGAGGACAUCCAUCACAUUGUUGUUGCUAAUUUUAGCUGGCCAGCGGGGAAGGGUGCCGCCUCUGUGUCCUACACUCACCGCCCAAGUGUCGCAUGCAGGUGUUAUGACUUUGCGCAAUCGCACACCAACUUUCUGGUUCUAGCAUCUGAUCUCGAGACAUCUCAGCUAUUCUGCUAUGCCUUUGCCACGACCCCUCCUUAUCUGGACCUGAGCGCAUGGCCUGCGGGUUAGGCGGUACCUUGAUGCAUGAUCACAGAGCUGGUAGCCCCGCGACCGCGGCCGUGCGAAGUCGGCGAGAUUCCGCGAGCGAGCCAUCGCCGUCAACUGCGAAGAUCACUCUCGUCGUGCAGCGUCGCGACCAUGUGGCGUCCCAAUGGGUUUCACCCGUAAUCCCCGCUGUCACCCGUGGCUAUUGCGGUCUUAGUGCCCAGAUAUAUGAAGGUGUCGGCCUAACGUGUCCUGCUUUCGUUUGGUUCUCCCAUUCCCCUCCCGAGCGGUUGCAGACCUCUCGGUGAAGAUCGACCCCGCGCCCUCCCUUCGCGCCGACAACACUAUGUCGUCCUCGGGCAGCAGUACGCAUACGUUCGCGAAGAGAGAUGUAGGGCUCACACCACCGCUCAUCGCAGGCAUCGUCGUGGUUGUGGUAGGCUUAAACCUCAUCAUCGCCAUUUCGUGGUGCAUCCUGAAGGACCGGAAGAAACUGAAGAAGGCUAAGUUGCAUAAACGCCGCAUCUCGGGUCCGGUGGACGUGGAGAUGUACGAAAACAGCGCCGCCUUCGCGAUCUCUACAGGUGCGAAUCCCGUCGCAGUCACGCUGAAGACGAAGGGCGGCGCGCGCGGAGUUCCUUCCGAAGGGGUUUCAUACUAUGAGCUCAUCCGCUCUGUGCAACAACCGGCUCAUCAGUCCCAAACCUCGCUUGCGCCAUCGUCCAAACGCUCCUCCAAUAGGUCCUCCCCGGACAGCGCGAAGCUGAAGCAGUUCAUCCUCCGGCCGCAGGACAUGAAACAUCUUGGUGGAGUACCCUACUACCCGAAGACGAAGCAAGGGCACGGAACGCGUCCGAGCGUCACCCUUGGCGUUCCAACAACCGGAGGCCUAACGCGGGCCAACUCGCUGAGUGCGGACACAGCGAGUAUCUACUCUUCAGCAUCCGCGCCGCUAGAGCAGCACGAGCGCUUCAUCCGGUCGCAGCCGUUCGCGCUGCAGCUGGAGACGAUCCCUGCAAGUGCGCCAGCGUGGAUGACUGAGAUGCCCAAACCACCUGCGCCUGCUAUCGUCACCGACACGACUCCGGUGAAGCUCGAGAUUUGCAUUCCUUCUCCUACGGCAUCGACCUCAGGGAGCUCUGAGAGCACGACCUUCAUGCGUCAUGAGGGUAGCAGCAGUCGCACAUCGUCCGCUUUACCCUCCCCUAUCUCCAUGCCAAACUCCUCCAUGCCGUCCUUAAUCCGCGCCCGCACCAACUCCAACCCCUCUGCGCCUCCGCAGAUACGGUGGCUGACCAAGAAUGCGACCCAGGACGCCGCCAGAGACACCGCCCCCUCCCCAGCACCCUCCAGGAGGCCGAAUUCGAUCUCCUCGCUUUCUACGAUCUUCUCGCUCCGUGAGAUUCAACGCUUGCCCACAGCACCGAUGUUCGCCGUCGCACCCCUCAAUGUCCGUCGACAGUCCAAUAGCUCUAGAUGGGGCUCUGUUGACAUGACGCGCGGCGGCGCCCCUACAUCCCAGACGGCGCAGCCAAGUGUAGCCCCUGCGGUGCCGAAGAGGUCACCCUUCCGACCGACCCCCUCGGCCUCGGCCGAGCAUUUGCCCCGAUGA